AAGCUAAAAGCUCUUGUUAGCGGAUUAUCUGACAGCUUGAUAGUUAGCCCUUUGGUUCUCUGUGGCCAAACAGCUUUCGGAAUGUCGGGACAACAAAACAGCGAUAAUCCAGAGACUCUGUUUUCAUUGGAGCUUUUAGUGGAAUAUAUUCGAAUAGAGAAAAAUUCAAAAAACCUUAACGAGUUGGCUCUGGGAAUCACACUCCUGAACUUUCCGACGCUGCUAAUUUAUCAGUCACAGCAGCAGAGCAGCGGGAGCAGUAACAGCCCCGGGCACAAUGAAAAGGAGAAACCUGGAAUGUUCGCCUUUAACAGAGGAAAGUGUUGUUUCUUCAAAAUGGACUUAAACUCACUGCACGUACAGCUGUCCAACACCCCGCUGUAUGGUAUGGUGCUGGAUGUUACAGAGGAGAGUCCCAAGUUAGUCGGCUCCUGUCUGAUAUCACUGGCUAAAGCGAUGGACAGAAUCAGGCAGGAUGUGACUGAACGGGGGGUUUCUAGUCCCUCCUAUCACAUAGAAAGGGGGCUUGUUGUCUCUAUAUGCAACCUCGCGGGGGAGAAAGUCGGAGCAAUGUCCCUGAGUUAUAAACUGUUAUGUCUAGGAGCGAGUCUGCUGCCACACAUCACAGGGAGGGAGAGAGUGCCUGGAGGGCAGCCAGCACAAGAACAUGUCAAGGAGACAAACAAGUCUACAUCGCAGCCUCUUGACUCUGGAAAUGUCUGCUCACCGACCCCACAGUGUAGCGGAAAAGCCCACAGCAAAGGGGAGGUAAAUGCAGAAGUUUUGUUAAAUAAAGAUAGAAAGGAGGAGGAAGACGACAUGUUUGAAGGUGCUGAACAGAGACCACAAGACCAAGCUGAAAAUGAUUUUGAGGAGGAUUUAACUGUAUUCUGUCCCCCACAUCUUUACUAUUCUGCAGAGGAAAAAGGAGUAAAUGAACGAGGUGAUUACAAAUCAUGGACUCUGGAUUCAGAAGCUCCUGUUUUUGAAAAUUCGUGUUCAGAGGAAGACGUGGAUGAAAAGGAAGUGGAAAGUCCAAGUUUUCCAGCGAUGCAUUCAGAAGUGAGACAUGAUGCGAAAAUAAGAAACCAAGAAAUAAGCACAACGCCUCCAAAUGUCCUCGGGGAAGCCUUACAGCAGAUGCCUUUGCUAAACGCUCUGCUCGUUGAACUGUCACAGUUAAACAGCAACCAGCCCUUGACUGUUCACCCCAGUCUAGCUUGGAUAUACAGGCCUGCUUCUACAGAGCUUUCAGCUAAAAACACACCACAGAAGGCACAAACCAAAUCCCUGAAGAAAACCAAACAGGAAACUUUUCCUCAUCUGAGACGCUUUCAUUCCUCCAGAAACCUUUCCACACAUAUAGUUAGACCUGAUUCUGUAAAACUAAAGGACAAAAAAGAAGAUAUGUUGCUUGAGAGUAAAAGCUCAUGUAAAUCACCUAGGAAGAAGCUUGUGUGUGGAACAACUAAAACGUUUAAUCUAAGGCUGAAGCAGAUUUCUCCUCUCAGAAUGAACCGUCGUGAAUGUGAGGAGUUAAAACAGAAUAAAACACAAGUAAAUGAAAAGACUGGGUUAGGUCAUAAAACCAUUAAGUCUGGAAAAAGGAAGUCGGUAAUAAAGAGGAGCUCUGAUUUUAAUGAAAAUAUUGAGACGGUGAUGCAGAGCAUCAGCCGGGAUUCUGCACUACAGGAAACAGUCACACUAAAACAGAAAAAACAGCAUGUGAAAGUCGAGGGUAAACAAUGCAGAGGCUCUCUGACAACUUCAGAAAAGUCUCUUCUUUCUGAAAGAGUCUCGAAAUGUAUUCACAUCCCCAGCGUGGAUACUGACAGUGUUCCCCAAAGCAAAGACAAGAGCAAGCAUCACAGCGAAUCAGAUCAAUCACAGUCUGAAUCUGACAGGCACGGAGAUAAAAUUGAAUCUUCAAGAAGCCACAGACGCAGCAGCUCAAAGUCUUCAUUUUCAGACUCCAGCGGGGAUGGAAAUGAGGAAGCAGACUAUGUUGAUGACUUUAACAGUCUCGAGCCCAGUGAUGCCUACUCUCCUGACCCUCUGAGCAGCCCCGAGCCCUCCAGAGCAAAGACUCCAAAGUCUCCAGUUCGCUUUUGGAACUCUGACUCGGGAUCCGACAGCGUCCAGAGAAGAUCAGUCACCCUUCCUGUGCCCAUCAAAGCCCCCAGCUCUCCAAAGCAUACUUUGAGGGGUACACACAUCAUCCGACCUCGUACCCAAACCUCUGCCCUCAGCUGUUCCUCUGAUGAGUGUGACAGAGACAGGUCAGCCUCCCUGCAAAGUAGAAAGCAGAUGUCAGCGAGUGGCAGAGUGGAAAUGACUUCUGGCACUGAGAGUUUGAUGUCAUCGAGAGGUCAGAAGAGCGCGUUAGCCAACCACAGCAUCCCCAUUCGAGGAUUGUCUGCAGACUCUGUGUCCUCCGUUGAACCCCAGGAGGUAGAGGAACUGGAGGAUGAACUGGGAUCUCUGGAUUUCAGGAAAGAGUAUCAGCAUAUCUCUGAGCUAGUGGCCAGCAAACUCCCUGGGUACACUAUGUAAAGGGGAAAAAAGCAUAUAAAUAUACCCUAUGGUAACAUCAAGAAUCGUAGUAUUGUAUGUAGCAAAGAAAUCAACUUGUAUAUCUAAUUCCUUUUCUUAAUGUCUGCAAAUGCUCUUGAAUAAAGACCUUUUUGGAAAUUUUGCAAUCAUUUUUUAUCUUAAUCACUCAGUUAAUACUGGAGCUACUAGAUAAUUGCAUUAAGCUUUGGGCCAUGAGUCUUUAGAUAACAUAUAAGAGGAUGAAAAAUCUCUAUAAGCGCGCCAUUUAUGCAAAUCAUUUAGCAUAUAAGUGCCAAACCAGCAGAUUUAGUCACAAGCUGAAAAUCUCCAGGUCCCGUAGCAGAUCCUGAUUUCAGGGCAUUUCCUUUAAAUUCCACCUGCUACUUUCCAUUUACCCCCUCAUAUCAUUUGACAAGGAAAACAAAGACUGUAUGGAAAUAAUAUUUAUAUGUAUACAAGUAAAUAAAUUAUCAGGCAUGAUACAACCUUAUACCACUUUCAU